CCAAUAGAGAAAAGAAAGUGAAGAAUCAAAUUCGAAGAGAAAAUGGCGAACAAGCUGAUCAGCGAGAUCCCACUUCCCAAAUCCAUUGCCAAUGUCUUUGCCGCCCGUAAUAUUUCUACUGCCAAGGACGCGUUAUCUUUAACGGAAUUUGAGCUAAUGGAGUUGUUAGAUGUGGGAUUGACGGAAGUAAGAUCUGCAUUAUCGCAAAUCAGUGAGAUCGUUGCUCCACCGUAUCAAACUGCACUUUCUUUAAUGGAACAGCGGUUUCAAAACGAGCAUUUGGGAGGCCAUUUUCCAACAGGCUUGAAAGGAUUGGAUUCAGCUUUAUGUGGGGGAAUUCCAUUUGGGGUUUUAACUGAAUUAGUUGGUCCGGCUGGAAUUGGCAAAACCCAAUUUUGUUUGAAGCUUUCGCUAUUGGCUUCACUGCCUACAAAUUAUGGAGGCUUGGAUGGUCGAGUGAUAUAUAUUGAUGUUGAAUCUAAAUUCAGUUCAAGAAGGUUGUUAGAAAUUGGAUUGAGAAGUUUUCCUGAAAUAUUUCAGAUGAAAGAAAUGGCACAGGAGAUGGCUGGUAGAGUUUUUGUUUUGCGGCCAUCAUCACUUUCUGAAUUUACCCAGAGUUUGCAACAAAUCAAAGUUUCACUCCUCCAAAACCAAGUGAAGAUGCUAGUAAUUGACAGCAUGGCUGCUCUUGUAUCAGGGGAACAUGAGCAGGGGGUACAUAGACAACAAACAUUGAGUUGGCACAUUUCGUUCAUUAAGUCACUGGCUGAAUUUUCACGAAUUCCUGUUAUAGUUACAAACCAAGUGAGAUCUCAAAGCCAUGAUGAAGCCUCUCAAUAUUCUUUCCAAGUUCAGAGUAGGGAUGGGAUUGUAGAGACUCUGACAAGAUAUGAUUCUCAUCUUGUUGCCGCUUUGGGGAUUCAUUGGGCUCAUGCUGUAACCACUCGUUUGGUGCUGGAAGCCAAAUCAGGUCAGAGGUUUAUAAAGGUGGCAAAAUCUCCAAUAUCUCCCCCUCUGGCUUUUCCUUUCCACAUAACUUCAUCAGGGAUUUCAUUGAUAAGUGAUGAAGGAAUGGAACUGAUGGGGCCUGAGAUAAACUCAAUUCACUGUCAAGGGCACAAUGAAAUAAUCAAUUUCAGAAUGGAUAGCUUAGUUUGAUCAAUCCAGGCACAAUCUUCGUGAAUCAUUCAGGCUGGCUUCAAGAGCUUUACUGCUAUGAUAUUUGACAGUUCGUUUUGAACCACCUUUCCCCCCAUUUGCAUUUACAGAAAAGAAAGAUUAGCACAAUUCAUUGUUUAUCUGGAUGACAAAGGUAUCUUGUUGGUCAGUGAAUCCUUAUUGAAGACCAAAGUUUCUUCCCACAUCUACAAUCUUGGGAUUUUCUUCUUCUUGAAUACUUGUAAAUCUUGUAUCAAGCAUGUAAAUUGCUUUUUGGGAUAUCUAAUCUCUUAUAUGCAGAGAAGAUUAAUGUCUCUAGGCUUUCCUAUUUCAUUUCAGCCUCUUUUCGUAUUGGGUCAGUUUCCUCUCAGGCCUACUG